AUUUCUUAUUUUGUUGACAAACAGCGAAACAAAAAUUGGGCCACCUCAAUAAUAAUUUUAUGCAAAUAUAACCAAUUAUUUAGCCAAAUGAAACGCAUGCGAUGUCGGUAGCACGUAAAGUUUUAUUCAAUAACUUCAAUUUAGUUGAUGAAAACAAUACAAUAAGUUUAUGCAGAAUAUGCCUUGAAGAUGGGGCCAGAAUUCCAAUUUUCGAAAUAGAUGACGAAGAUAACUACGACAUUAUAACAAAACUUUCAUUAUGUCUAAGAGAAAAGAUAGAGGAUGUAGACGGAUAUCCUCGUUUCAUAUGCAAUUUAUGCAGUGACAUUUUAGAUAGUGCAUACAAUUUCAUAAACAAAUACAAAGACACAUGUAAAAUAUUGCAAAGUGGCAUAGAGGUAGUUAAACAAGAAAAUGAUGUAUCAAUUGAUAAUGGAAUUUUAGAGGAAGUUAUUCAAAUUGAUCAAAUCAAAGAUGAAAUUCAUGAUUCUGAGAGCAAUGAUGGAUUUAGUGAUGAUGACAAAGAAUUCCUUGCACCUCUAAAACUGAAAAUAAAAUUAAAAGUUGAAAAUAACCCAAAAGCGGUUAAGAGAAAAGGUACAACCUCUACUAACACAAAACAAGUGACAAAUAAAAUAGCAUCCUCUAUAUUAGAGGGUCAAUUUGCAUGGAAUGGUGACAAAUGGUGUCUAAAAUCAUCUAACGCCUUCCAAAAGGCUAAAGAAAAACUUAAAUUACUAACAGAAUUAAAAGCUGAGCCUCUAAAGAAGAAGAGAGUCAAAAUAGAGGUACCGAAAGUAAAAAAAUCUGACCAACCGAAACUGUGUGAUUUGUGCGGAGAAGUUUUCAAGACUCAAGACAAGUUAGCCCUACACAAAAGAAAAGUCCAUUAUAGAAAGGCAAUUAAAUGUCAGCAUUGUGCUAAAAUGUUGUCUUCUAAGUAUUAUCUGCACAGACACAUUAAACGGAAACAUGUGGAGCACAAAGACUUUAUUUGUGCGACUUGUGGUAGAGGUUUCGCUUUUAAAACUGAAUUGCGCAAUCACAAUAGAACUGUGCAUGAAAAACACUUACUCCCCAAGAAACAGUACAAGUGUAAAUUUUGUUCCAAGACUUACAAGUGUCCAAAAUCUGUUAUAGUGCAUGAGAGAUCAGUACACACAGGUCACAGACCAGCUGUCUGCUCCGUAUGCACAAGCAGUUUCUACCACGAGGACUAUCUUAAAGAGCACAUGCGUCUUCACACGGGGGAAACUCCAUUCAAAUGUCCGAUCUGCGGACGAGGUUACGCUCAGCGAGGCAACAUGAAGAGCCAUCUAAGAAUACAUAGGAUAUCCGAACUCGACGCCACCAUGUUGAGUAAAAUAAGACCAAAUUAUUUGAGGCUACUCAAGGCAUAGGUAUUUAUGCAUAUUAUGUAUGUUAAAGUUCGUUCAAUGAUCACACCAUUCCAGUAAUAACUGAGCUCAUCGAAAUCCGCAUCUAACUUUCAAAUCUUUCACAUGUGGUCAUUCAAAAAUAUUCCAGUGUUCCUUCGAUGGUUAAUUCCAAAUACCUAAGUAUUUUGUAGAGAAACCCAAAUACCCAUCUUUUGCUAUUUCAUUCCCGAUGAUGUUGAAUUUAGAUUUCGAAUGGCUGGAAAAUCAAAUAAACUAGCGCUUAUCUGAUUUUCAAGCAAUGUACGCGCAGCGGACACGCGCUUUACUGACAAGUUU